AUGAACCCUCUCGGGCAGGCCUUGGGCCUGCGUUCCGGGACGGCCCUGCGCGGCGCUGUGCGGAUAGCCGCGACAGCAGUUCCGACGGCGACGAGCAUAACCCGGCAGCCGGCCGAUGCGGCGACGAGGCCGUACGGAUAUAGUUUGGGGAAUGGGGCCUGGUCGCUCGUCGGGGCGCGUCAUGGCGUGCAUGCCUGGACGACGGGUGCCGGUGCUGGUGCUGGACCUGCUGGGAAUGCGUUUGGCGUGCCGCAGGCGAGAAGCUUCUUUUCGACGAGCUCACUGGGGUCGAUGGCCUCGAAAUGGUCUACGUCGUCAGCGAGUUCCAAGGAGGAAGCUACGGACGAGGUCGGUCCAGCCAUCGAACUCGGAUUGUUCUCAACCCAAAUCAUGGCCGACCGCGAUAUUCUCCCCAGCAACCUCAAGCCCACCCACUAUGCCCUCUCCCUCCGAGAUCUCGAGUUCCAGAACUGGACAUACAAGGGCACCGUCGACAUAAAUGUCGAAAUCACAGAGCCUACCAAGGAGGUUGUCUUGAACGCCCUCGAGAUCAAGCUUUCCGGUGCCAAGGUCACCCACGAUGCUGGUCAGGUUGCGUCCUCGACCAAUUUCUCCUACGAUGAGAAGGCUCAGCGCGCCACCAUUACCUUUGACGAAGAGCUUCCCACACUCUCUAAGGCCGUGUUGUCGAUCGACUUCGAAGGUAUCAUGAACAAUGAGAUGGCUGGUUUCUACCGAAGCAAGUACAAGCCCGUCGUCCCCGCCUCCGCCUCGGUGCCCCGCGAUGACGACUGGCACUACAUGUUCAGCACCCAGUUCGAGUCGUGCGACGCACGCCGCGCUUUCCCCUGCUUUGAUGAGCCCAACCUCAAGGCCACCUUUGACUUUGAGAUUGAGAUUCCCGAAGACCAGGUCGCUCUCAGCAACAUGCCUGUCAAGGAGACCAGGAAGACCAAGGAUGGCUGGCACAUGGUUUCCUUCGACACCAGCCCCAUCAUGAGCACUUAUCUGCUCGCCUGGGCCGUCGGUGACUUUGAGUACGUCGAGGCCUUUACCGAUCGCGAGUAUAACGGCAAGACCAUUCCUGUUCGUGUCUACACGACUCGCGGCCUCAAGGACCAGGGCCAGUGGGCUCUCGAGCACGCCCCCAAAAUCAUUGACUACUUCUCGGAAAUCUUCGACAUUGACUAUCCCCUUCCCAAGUCCGAUCUCUUGGCCGUCCACGAGUUCACUCACGGCGCCAUGGAGAACUGGGGUCUCGUCACCUACCGCACGACUCAGGUCCUCUUUGAUGAGAAGAAGUCGGAUGCGCGGUUCCGCAACUCGGUCGCCUACGUUGUCGCCCACGAGCUUGCUCACCAGUGGUUUGGCAACCUGGUCACCAUGGAUUGGUGGGACGAGCUCUGGCUCAACGAGGGCUUUGCCACCUGGGUCGGCUGGCAAGCCAUUGACCACAUCCACCCUGACUGGAAGGUGUGGGCUCAGUUCGUCAACGAGGGCAUGGAAUCUGCCUUUAAGCUUGACAGCAUCCGCGCUAGCCACGCGAUUCACGUUCCCGGUGUCUCCAACUAUCUCAAGAAGCAUGCUUACGGAAACGCCAAGACUGAGGCUCUCUGGGAGGCCCUCAGCGAGGCUUCUGGCCAAGACGUCACUGCCCUCAUGGGACCUUGGAUCUCCAAGAUUGGCCACCCUGUCAUCAACAUUGAUGAGUCCACCCCCGGCGAGAUUACCGUCCGUCAGUCGCGUUUCCUCUCCACCGGCGACGUGAAGCCCGAGGAGGAUGAGACCGUUUGGUGGGUCCCGCUCUCGAUUGAGGGGAAGACCGGAUCCCAGGGCAUCCAAUCCCUGGCACUUACUACCAAGGAAGAUACGAUUACCGGCAUCGAUGACGACUUCUACAAGCUCAACUCUGGCGCGACGGGCUUCUACCGCGUCAACUACCCCUCUCAGCGCCUCGAGAAGCUCACUACCCAGCUCGAUCGCCUCAGCGUCGAGGACAAGAUUGCCAUUAUUGGUUCCACCGCCGAUUUGGCCUUUAGCGGAUAUGGCACUACUGCCUCGCUUCUCUCUUUCGUUCAGGGCUUCUCCAAGGAGACGAACAACAUGGUUUGGAGCCAGGUUCUUGACUCUAUUGCCCGCGUCAAGGGCGUCUUUGGAGAUGACCCCGCCAUCCGUGCUGGUUUGGAGAAGUUUACCAUCAAACUCAUCAGCGCCGCCGUCGACGAGAUUGGCUGGGAAUUCGCCGAGGACGAACAGUACCUCACCUCCAUGCUGCGAAAGCGCCUGAUUGGCACCGCCGGCGCCAACGGACAUCCUGGCGUCACCCUUGAGGCUCUCAAGCGUUUCAACGCUUGUGUUGCCGUAAAGAAUAACCCUGCCAAGGCUGUAGAGGUAUUGAAGGAUGAAUGGUUCAAUACCAAGUCCAUUGACGGCAAGACCAUUUGCCUUGCUGGCCUCGGCAGCGUCAAGGAUGAGUCCAUCAUUCGCGACAACCUGCUCCCCUUCCUUUUCAACAUCUCGCCUCCGGCCCCCGUUUCGGAGUCCGUUCCCUCGGCUGACAUGCACGUUCUCGGAGUCGGCUUCGCCUCCAACCACAUUGCCCGUGGUAUCCAGUGGAAGUACCUCCAGGAUAACUGGGAUGCUUGCGUAACCAAACUAGGCAACCCUAUUGUGCUUGACCGUUUUAUUCAAGUGUCGCUUCCUGGGUUCACCGACUCGGCGUCCAUCGACGAGAUUGACGCCUUCUUCGCCGACAAGGAUACCAAGGCCUUUGACCGUACUCUUCAGACUGUCAAGGACAAGAUUCGCGGUCGUGUGGCGUACCGCUCGCGCGACAUCGAGCCCCUGCGUGAGUGGCUCACCACCAACGGAUACAUGGCCUAA